AUGGAUCCGUUUCACGACGCAGUCAUUGGCUACCCCAAACUCGCAGCAAAGAUUGCUUUGCAGCCUGAAGCCGCCAUAUACCGCAGAUUUGGAGCAAUGAACGCACAGAACCUGUUGUAUCUACAGGCCGAACUCAUAGACCUCGAGGAAAGGCUGAAAGAACAGCAAGAUCUGGACAACAACGACAGCACAGGGAGAAAGUCAGAAUAUGCCAAAAACUGGUUCUCCUUACAAGACUCGGCAGUCGAUGGCGAUACCGAGCAACUCGACCUCGUUCUGAAAAUACGCGAGCUACUGAAAGAAUACACGGCUCAUUACGAUCCAACAGAUCACGCUCUGAUCCAGCAAUCGCUGAUUCUCGGCUAUUCCGAACCCGGCAAGUGGGAUUUGCAUGACAUGCAAGACUAUCUCCAAACCCCACAGAUGGGCCCAUUGGCCCUGACAGGCGAAGACGCAACAGUGUGGGGCUCCAUGAAGGAUCGUACCUCACACGCGCCUGACCUGGUAGCCUUGCGCCCACGUGCUAAAAAGGACGCAUUCUCGGUCUGGGCCGCGGAAAAUACCAUUUCCAAACUGCGCUGGGGAGGAUGCAUGCGCUUCAUGAAGGCAUCACCUGUUCAUGGCGUAGUCGGAUAUGAUGACAGUACCAUCUAUCGCAUCACGUAUUGGAUCACCAGCCUUUUGGCUUCCCUAAUACCGAUCGCCUCCAUCGUGGUGCUGUAUUGUGUGCGAUCGAUGCCGGCAAGAUUCGCUACCAUAGCUGCGUUUAAUGUGCUGUUGUCUGUGUGCCUCAUGGGCCUUGCGGGUGCAAAACGGGCUGAGGUCUUUGCUAUUACCGCCGCUUUUGCCGCAGUGCAAGUUGUGUUCGUUGGUCAAAAUGAGAGUACACCGGCGUAA